AAACAGCCCUCUCCCCUUCUGAUGCAUAUCUUCCCAAAAAUGGCGUCUUCCUAUUCCUCUGCAGAUGAACAAGAAGACUUCCUGCUCGAGCUGUUCGACUCGUACUGGUUCCAGCACACGGUCUUCGUCGGCAAGAGGCCGGCAGCGGAGCGGCCCACCGGCGCUGAUUCGGAACCGAAGCGUUUGGACGAGUCCCACGAGGAGUUGAUCCAAAAAUCGGAGCUUUCGCGGGUGAACACGCUGCACGUGAGGUCCAUGAGCGACCAUUUUUUGGAGGUGGAGUCGGGCCUGACGGACUCCGACUCGUUGGCGUCCCCGAAAUCGGUCCUCGCCGCCCCGAAGCUGCAGACCAUUCUCUCCGGCGAGGAGGUGACGGAGUUCCCCGCCGGGGACGUAGUCAAGGAAACAGAGCAAGUGUUGCCUAAGAAGGAGCAGAGCCUGAUCGAGCGGAGACGAAGGAGGAACAAGAAGAAGAAGAAGAAGGGGAACAGCAAGAGCUUGUCGGAGCUGGAGUUCGAGGAGCUCAAAGGGUUCAUGGAUCUGGGGUUCGUGUUCUCCGAGCAGGACAAGGACUCCGCCGACCUGGUCUCGAUAAUCCCCGGGUUGCAGAGGCUCGGAAGAAACAAGAACGGAGACGAGGAAGGAGCAGAGGACGGCGACGGACAUGUCGAGGUUGUCGAUAAGUUAUCCGUCCCGAGGCCGUACUUGUCGGAAGCUUGGGAGAUUCUGGACAGGAGAAAGAAGGUCGAUCCUCUGGUGAACUGGAAAGUUCCUGACUUGGGCAAUGAAAUGGCCGUGAAGGAUCAGCUCAGGUUCUGGGCACAUGCGGUGGCUUCAACAGUUAGAUAGCAGCGAGCAAAUCCAAAUCUAGUCAAUGGCGGGUCUCCUUUCUUUGGGGUUCUUGAAGUUUUGGUUCAUUAGGAUUAAGAUUUUUUCAGUUUCUGAUCUUGCGUUCUGCUUCCUGUUGAUUUCUCUGGGAAAGUUGUAAAUGUGAAUAAACAAUGAGAGAGAAAACGGAAAUUCUGUGUAAGAUUUUGGGACGCCUUGAAAGAGAGAGAGAGAGAGAGAGAGCAGUGGCUUAAAGACAGAAGGACAGGGCAGAGCAGAGCAGAGCAGAGCAGGGCCGAGCACUGAACAAAGCAUCAAAGGUUUCUUUGCUGGCUCUUUUGUGCGGAUGAUGAUAAGGGAGGAAGACGACCUCGUCCCAAUUGCAGAGAGUUGACGUCUUACCCUACUGCGGCCCCAUUGACUCUUCCUUUAAAAUUUUAACAUUUUUUUUCCGAUGGAUUAACGGGAGAAAUUUUAACAUUUUUAUUAAGCUGGAAAAUGAAGGGAAAAAGAAAAAUAAGAAAUUUACCACAAAACAAAUGAUAAAUAUAGAAAGUUUCGUGCGUGUGUUAUGAGGAACAAAUUCCGGUUUGCAGAUGGAAGUUACGAGCACGAGCGAUUCGAAAUUAUGCGCAUGACUCAUCAACGCGACAGGCGGCACGGCAGGUCGAGCAUAUUAGGGUGCCAAAUCAAUGGAGGUUGGACCCCACGACAAUCUGUUUUGCUUCAAAAGCACUACUCAAUAGUACUCAUCUUUUUCUCAUUUCCCUUUUCUUAAUCAUCUUUUGUUGUUUAAUGACAUAUUCGGUGAAUUUUACGUUAAAUUUAACAAGUGGAGCGCGGGAUGGCCUGCACUUUCUGCGAAACGCGAGCUGAAUAUUUCGUGAUUAUCUAUGAUAAUAAUAAAUCAAGCUAUUGGCCAAGUGUUGGGUCAGGCUUUUGCUUA